UCCUCCGCUCACCCCCCCUCCCCCCCGGUCUGCUGGGGCGCCCGCCGGGGAUCUGAGCAUGCAGCAUCGGAGGGGCCCCUGAUCUCGGUGCAGUGGCCCCGGCCAGUUACAUGCAUGUCCAGUGGGGGCAGAUUUAAUUUCGAUGACGGGGGGUCGUACUGCGGAGGCUGGCAGGAUGGCAAGGCUCACGGGCACGGCAUCUGUACGGGUCCCAAGGGGCAGGGCGAGUACAGCGGCUCCUGGUCACACGGCUUCGAGGUGCUCGGGGUCUACACCUGGCCCAGCGGGAACACCUACCAGGGCACCUGGGCGCAGGGCAAACGCCAUGGCAUCGGCCUGGAGAGCAAGGGCAAGUGGCUGUACCGGGGAGAAUGGACCAACGGCUUCAAGGGGCGCUACGGGGUGCGGGAGUGUACGGGCACCGGGGCCAAGUACGAGGGCACCUGGACCAACGGGCUGCAGGAUGGAUACGGCACCGAGACCUAUUCCGAUGGAGGUACCUACCAAGGUCAGUGGGCCGCGGGCAUACGGCAAGGGUUCGGAGUGCGCCAGAGCGUUCCCUAUGGGAUGGCCGCAGUCAUCAGAUCGCCUCUUAGGACCUCUAUAAACUCGCUCCGCAGCGAGCACACCAAUGGCACGGCCAUGCACCCGGACGCCUCGUGCGGGGUGGCCGGCAGCCCCGCCGUGUCCAGGGGAGGGUUUGUGUUGAUGGCGCACAGCGACGCGGAGAUGCUGAAGAACAAGAAGAAGGGCAUCUUCCGGAGGUCCAUCCUCAGCGGCCUGAAGCUGCGCAAGUCGGAGUCGAAGAGCUCGCUGGCCAGCCAGCGGAGCAAGCAGAGCUCGUUCCGCAGCGAGGCCGGCAUGAGCACCGUCAGCUCCACCGCCAGCGACAUCAACUCCACCAUCAGCCUGGGCGAGGGCGAGACGGAGCUGUCCGUCAUCGAGGACGACAUCGACGCCACCACCACCGAGGCCUACCUGGGCGAGUGGAAGCACGACAAGCGCUCCGGCUUCGGGGUGAGCCAGCGCUCGGACGGGUUGAAGUACGAGGGGGAGUGGGCCAACAACAAGCGGCACGGCUACGGCUGCAUGACCUUCCCGGACGGCACCAAGGAGGAGGGGAAGUACAAGCAGAACGUCCUGGUGAGCGGCAAGAGGAAGAACCUGAUCCCGCUCCGGGCCAGCAAGAUCCGGGAGAAGGUGGACCGGGCCGUGGAGCAGGCCGAGAGGGCGGGCAGCAUUGCCAAGCAGAAGGCCGAGAUUGCGGCGUCAAGGUGAGGAGGCGGGGCUCUUACUAAUGUGCAUGA